AUGGGUCAAAUAUUCGCCGGAUCUGGCGGCGGCGUGGCUCCCUAUCGGCGUGGAUCCGACGGCGGCGUGGCCGAGGUGGAUCUCGGGCGUCGGCACCGUCGUCCUCCCUCUCCGCGCGGAUCCAGCGGCGGCGUGGCUCCCUCUCCGCGCAGAUCCGGCGGCGGCGUGGCCGAGGCGGACCUCGGGCGGCGGCGCGGCCUCGCCGCAGGGAGGCGGCGUGGCUCCCUCUUGGCUCGGAUCCGGCAGCGGCGUGGCUCCCUAUCGGUGUGGAUCCGGCGGCGGCGUGGCCGAUGUGGACCUCAGGGCGGCGGCGCGGCGAGGAGCUCGGGGGGUGGCGCGACUUCGCUGGUACGAGCUCGGAGCAACGGUGCGGCCCACAAAGGGAUUGGAAGCACUUGGCCCGUUGAAGGUCUUCCGUGCCGACCUGGACGAAGAAGGCAGCUUGGAUGCGGCGUCAAUGGUUGCAACUACGCCUUCCUCGUCGCCACUCCGGUGAACCUCCAGUUAGAGAAUCCGGAGCGCUCGGUGCUGUUAUUCUUGAUCAGUAACUAUCAGGCAAUUAUAAUCUGCACCGCAUACAUUAUGUUGUUUGCUACUCCGAAGCCUCGUGUCAGCCUUCUAAGUUCAUAAUGGUGAUUUGCUGGAGCAUUUUGUCUGUUUGUUGUACAGUGGCGAUACUUCGAUAAGAAUCAUGAAUGUUUACAGUGCAAAUAAAAAAGUAUUAGUGCAAUCAAUAGCUGGAUCAUAUUUUUGGGGGACUGUCUUGUUUAAAUGUUGAGAUAGCAAGCCUGAGCAAGGGGUGGUUUCUUUUCCUGCUCUGUUUGGUUGCAAUGUUCAUGUGAGGAUUGGUCCGAGGAUCUGAUUGGGAACCCUCGACCUCAAGCUUGGCAUGAACCAUACAUGGUGGGUGGAGCCAUCCAUAUGAAUGAUCCAGUU